AUGUCAAAUAACGUCGUCGGCUCGGUCUACGAGCAGAUUAUUGAGGAUGUGCUCUCGACGUCGCGCGUCGACUUUGAGGAGAACGGCGUCGACGAGGGCGUGCUGGACGAACUGCGAAGAUCUUUUGCGUCUUCCAUCGUUCUGGCGCCCUCACGUGCACGACGCAAUGUCUUCCGUUUCUCUUUCUUCUCUUCCAGAAACAAAUGUUCUCGUCUUGUUUCCGUUUCGUUCCUCCUUCUUUUCGUGUUCAAACUCCCGUUUCAAGCGUCGUGUCGUCGAGGUCUCGUCGCUUUCUUGUCACCCCAUCGUCCGCGUUCAGGUGGCCAAAAGGCACGAAGAGAGGGGCGCGGAGGCUGGCAACGGAAGCUGACCCAGUUCAAUGUUGCCCAGUUCCCAUGGGAUCCCAAGCCAGAAUCGGAGGCGACCGCCAGCAACGGCGCUGCUGCAGCCUCGUCUGGCGGCAAAGCGUCAGGCAAGGACACCUCGCCGCCGACGUCGACGGACAACAGUUUCUCCCAGCCCACCAUGAGCCCAUUGACGUCGCAGAGCCUCUCGCUGCCCAGCCUGCCCAUGCCGGCGUUUGAGCCCGCCGGCAUCAAGACAGAGGACAGCACGCAGUCGUCGGGCGGCCACCGCAUCAAGACGGAGCCCGACGCACAACACAGUUCGGGCCUUACGGGCGUGCCCGCUGCAGGGUCCCACAUGCCCCUGCCCAAUGCGCCGCCGUUCCCCUCGGCGGCCGGUGGGCCCGACAGUGCCGCCAUGCGUGCCGCCGCCAUGCUGAGCAAGGAAUUCGGCAGCGCCGCCAACGCAUCCAUCAACGCCAUGAACACGCAGCAGCAGCAGCAACAGCAGCGUCCGGUGGGUGGCCAGCUCAGCAGUGCGCAACAAUACCGAGCACAAAUGUCGGCGCAGGCUGCCGCACAGCUGACCGGCGCCAACGGCGUCGCACGAUCGCAGGUAGAUGGCAGCGCCGACGAUGGUGCCGAGGACAGUGCUGACGCCUCGCUGUUUGAGGGUGUGCUUCUCCAGCAACAGCGGGCCGGCCAGCCGCCCGUCGAGCUGGGUCGAAUGGAGAUUGACAACCUGCUGCACGAGCAGAUGGCGCGGCGGGCGAAGCAGAUGGAGGGCGGCGGCCUGAUGCUGCCGCUGCAGCAGGCGAGUCAGCGUCAGGCUCGCCAGCGGCGCGCUGCCGCGGCGGCCACCGCUGCUGUUCCUGCUGCUCCUGCUGCGUCACAACCCAGAGCCGCUACAUCGAUGGCGCAGCUUGAUGGCAUCGAAGACGGCGACGACGACGACGUUAAGGCCGACAUCUUGGACGACGAGGAUGCCAUCAACUCGGAUCUGGACGAUCCCGAGGACGACCGUGAGGAUGAGGACGACGAGGACGACGUCAUGGGCCCGAUUAUGCUGUGCGUGUACGACAAGGUGCAGCGCGUGAAGAACAAGUGGAAGUGCACGCUCAAGGACGGUGUUCUCACCGUUAAUGGCAAGGAAUACGUGUUCCACAAGGCGACGGGCGAGUACGAGUGGUGA